AUACUAACGUUCAGAAAGUUACUGUAAUGAUGUGCAGUGAACCUUUAGAUGACACCCGUGAACCAGUUAAAGUCGAUGGUGUCUUGUCAUCUACGUCUGUUCAUCGACCCGAUCAGUUGUUGAUUCACGCUGAAGUUACAAAAGGAUUACUACCAGUAACAGGGAUGGAAGUUACUGCCAUCGUAGAUCGACCUUUCGCAGAUCCCGUAGCAAUACAACUUCUGGAUAACGGCGCAGGUGCUGAUGUGACGAAAAACGACGGCGUGUAUUCGAGAUAUUUUACCCUAUUCACUGGAUAUGGUAGAUAUAGUGUAAAAAUAGAGAUAACUAAUCCUGCUGAUCAAGCCCUUAUAAGAAAGUCUCCUGCUGCCCAUUAUGCCAACAUGAUAAAAGACGAUGGGGAUGUAAAGGUCGACGAGCCGUUGGUGAUGCAUGUCAGUCGUUCUGCUACAGCUGGAUCCUUUCACUUUAAAAACAUUGGGUCUGCUGCUCCAGCUGCUCCUUUAUCCACAGAAGACCUGAUUAGUGAUAUUAUACCACCAGUUAGAAUAACGGAUCUACUAGUCAUGAAGACCUCACAUCAAGACAAGGUGGUUGUUUUAUCAUGGACGGCACCUGGUGAUGACUUAGAUUAUGAUCAAGCUACCAAUUAUGAUAUCAUGAUGGCACACACCUUUGAUGAUAUGAUUAAUCAUAAGAAGUCCUGGAAAUCUCUGUCUCAGAACGACAUCCAGCAUGGAAAUCUGAAAUCACCCAAAAUGGCAGGAAUGACAGAAACUUUUGUUAUUAAGAUCCCUUUUGUUCCGUAUACGAAGGUUUCGUUUGUGUUUUCUGUAAGAGCAAUUGACAGACAGGGAAACAUGGCGGAUAAAUCGAACUUCGUUACGACAGCGUUUGGUUACCUACCAGAUUACACCAGCAAAGAUUACCAACCAGUUGUAGAGACCGUUAUACCAGAUGACGAAGCGUUGGGAUACAAACCCAUUUGGAUUGGAGUAUUUGGGUCUUUAUUCCUUGUACUGUUUAUACUAUUAACAGUCACCUUCCUUAUAUGUAAAAACAAGCGAGCAAGGGAUUCUUCUAUUGCAAAACAAAAUGAAGGAUUCGAGAAAGCAUAA